CAAACGAGGAUUCAGUGUCCGAUCCUUUGGAACAGGGACUCAUGUGAAACUGCCAGGACCAGCACCGGACAAGCCAAAUGUUUAUGAUUUCAAAACAACAUAUGAUCAGAUGUACAAUGAUCUGCUUAGGAAAGACAAAGAACUAUACACACAGAAUGGGAUUUUACACAUGUUGGACAGAAAUAAGAGAAUCAAGCCACGACCAGAAAGAUUCCAGAACUGCAAAGAUGUUUUUGAUUUGAUCCUAACGUGUGAAGAAAGAGUCUAUGAUCAAGUAGUAGAAGAUUUAAAUUCCAGAGAGCAGGAGACGUGUCAGCCAGUACACGUGAUCAAUGUGGACAUUCAGGAUAACCACGAAGAGGCAACUCUGGGUGCUUUCCUUAUCUGUGAGCUCUGCCAGUGUAUACAGCACACAGAAGACAUGGAAAAUGAAAUAGAUGAGCUGUUACAGGAAUUUGAAGAGAAAAGUGGAAGGACUUUUCUUCAUACUGUCUGCUUUUAUUAAAGCACAUCUGUCUCUUAGGCCUUAAUACAGAUGAGGAAAGCAUGUGUUUAAAGUUCUGAUUAUACUGUAUUUUCCUGGAAAAUGACUAUUGAAUUUUUUGUUGUUGUUGUUUAAAAACACCUUUUCAGUGUCGUUUUGUUUUGUUUCAGGUAUUCUGUCACAGGUAGGCAGAGAUACUGGUUGGGGUUGUACAUAUGAGAUGAUUAAAAGUAUACACAAAGGCCACCUAUUUAAAAAUGAGAAUCAAGAUUUCCUUUAAAUCCUACUUUAAUUAUUACAAGUAGGUCUUUAAUUAUAAAGAGAAUGUUUCUUGAAUAUAAGUUUAUAAUGUAUUUUUCCAGCUUACAAAUUUAUUUUAUUUCAGUUGUGCUUUUUUUUUUAUUUUAAUGUGACAGAAUGGCUGAACUAUGUGAGGAUAUGAAUGGAACAAUGAAAAACAAUUAUCUGUAUAUUAUUAGACAUAAAGUUGGAAGCAUCCAAUAAAA